CUGCUGUGCUCCUUCUUGCAUCCCUUGCUUCAGCCUCGCAAGGAGUUCCAGGUGAGGACAGGUUCUGGCCUGUGGAUGUGCCAGCCGGCACCCAGGUGUGGGGACCAGGUCUACAACCCCCUGGAGCAGUGCUGUGAUGAUUACACCGUCCUGCCUCUAAACCGGACCCGCCGCUGUGGUCCCCGCUGCCGCUACUGGCCCUGCUUCGAACUCUGCUGUCCGGAGUCCUUUGGCCAUCCAAGAUUUGUUGUGAGGCUGAAAGUGCUGGGUGUCAAUUCCCAAUGCCACACCUCCCCCAUCUCUAGGAUCUGUGUCUG